AACGCUGUCGAGAUCCUCCGAGCCCCGCGCCCAGGCCAGGCCGAGCGGAGCCGAGCACCGCCGAGCUCAACCCCAUCGACUUUUCCAGCCUCGGCUGGGCGCUGUCCACCACUUGCAACGCCUGAAACCUCACCCCAGCUUAGGAGGCUUCUACCGGACUCCCAGCCUGCCACAGCAGAUUACAGACUUGUUAAGUUUUGAAACCUGCCCCUAAGGAGAAAGAGGUGGCGCGGUUUGAAUUUCCCGACACGCGAGGGCUCCAGGCAGAUGCAACAUGCACCUUGUUGCAAAGAGCAAUUCCCCAGGCCCCGCCUCCCCAUCCAUUUGGUCUGCACAAGCCCCAGAGAAACCAAACCCCAGGCCAAAUUACUGGUGGCUCAGAAGGGUGAGGCUAGCCGAAGGGGCCUGUGAGAAGAAAGCCCCCGGGAGCUCUCGAACGCAAAUAAGAACAUGCCAAGCAGAUGGGAGAAACUGUCUCCUAGUCGCUGCUCUCUACCAUCAUGGCGCCGCCUGGAACUCGCUUGUCAUGCCUGUUACACAUGCAAGAUUUUUUUUUUCUUCUUGGUUUUGAAACCGCAAGUGCGAUUUGUCUCCCACCCACCUUCCCUCGAAAGGGGUUUUUAUUUUCCAUUGUUUUCCUACGGGAUGCAAUUACUUCGGCUAUUCUGUCAAGUUGAAAAAUAAUCAUUUUUGUUUACUGCACAGCAACCUCUAAUUAGGAGCUGUGUGUGCACGAAGGUGUCACAGCAAAGCGACAUGGAACCCUCGCUAAACGGUCCUAACGAACUCCUCCGUCCCGAACUGACAGGCCAACGGAAACAGGGCCAGGAGGCCCGGAAGGCACGCACCCGUUCCCUGCCGGCCACCCCUCCCCAGGCAAAGCUGCCUGGAGGCUCACUGGGACCGUGGAGUGGAUGGGGCAAGAAGCAAGCCAGAGAGGAGGAAGGAUGGGCGAGGCUCCUUAUUGGGGAAAUGUGGAAAGGAAGGAAUAUCCCAUUUUGUUUUAAUUUUCAACCAUCACUCAAAUCCACCUCCAGUUAAUUAGGAGGGGAAACUGAUAUCUAAGGCAGAAAGGGGGCGGUGGCAAGUAGGGCCUGAAAUCCGCAUUGAAGGUAGAAUACAGGGAACUUGGCCUAAGCAGAGUGUAAAUGUAACGAUAAAGGCUACCCAGUGACAGGAACCUGCGGGUAUCAGAAGACCAAAGGCUGGCAGGGCCAGAGAGGAGGGGCUGGAGGGCAGAUGAGACUUGCUUUCAUUCAGCCCCACAGCCAGUCUCCCCCUUCCACUUCUGCCUUCCAUAAGGCUGUGUCUGUCACAUCCGCUUGGAAACCCACCCUUUCUCCCUAGUGCACGCCCCCUCCCCUAACCCUUGCUCGCUUUUGGGCGGGGGGGGGUGCGGGGGGGAGAGGGUCUAAGCCACAGCCACCAGGAAUUCAGCACCAAACUCCUGAACAGCAAACACUUGAUCCUCCACCCCAAUCUGAUAGGGCUUGGUCCCCUCCAUGUUUUAGUCAAGUUCAAAAUCACUGCCUCAAGAGAAGCAGGGGGGAGUGGGAUUCGAGGGGUGGGGUGGAGGAGGAAGAGGAGGAGGAGGAGGGGAAAAGAAUGAGGCAGAGAUAGAAAUGGAGGCAGCGAAACACGAAAUACUCCAAGAGCGAGAGUUAUGAUCCUAAGCACGCCAAUAGUGUGAUGUUCUGAUCAAUAUGGCGGACACUGUCAUUCAUACAACUAGAGGAGCUCCCCUUCCCUCCCCCAAAACACCGACCCCAGGAGUUGGGGUGAGGGAACCCAGAACCAACGUAGGGAGUGGGGGAGGGGAGGCAAAACCGGGUCUCUUCUGUGUGUGCACGAAUUAAAAACCAGGCCUGGAGAGCAAUAUGGGUGAGCAAGAUAAAAAACAAGAUAUAAAAUUAUUCUUAAUAAAAGUACAAAUCCCAGUGCCAUAGGGACUUACUUCAUCUGCUUCACAAUGGUGCUUUUUCCUGAUUCUCCAGCCCCUGUUGGGACACAGAGGGGGGGAACUGAUCCAAAACAGAGAUCUCAGGUGCCCAAUAGUCUAUAGACAUUCCUUCCUCCACGAGUUGCUGGGGACAGUUGCAUAGAUCUACUGUGAACCAAAUUCAGGACAAAAUUUCACUGUUAAUGAAGUUCUGCCAUUUGUACAAGACUGCAUUUGAUGGACCGAAGUGCCAACCUGAGAUCAGGAUUACAGAGAUCCGGAGUACAGAGAGCAGGAAUACUGAGAUCCCUACUACGGAGAUCCAGAAUACGGAGAUGCCGAGUACAGAGAGCAGGAGGACGGAGAUCCAGAAUACAGAGUGCAGGAGGAUCGAGAUCCAGAAUACAGAGUGCAGGAGGAUCAAGAUCCACAAUACAGAGAGCAGGAAGACGAAGAUCUAGACUACAGAGUGCAGGAGGAUCGAGAUCCAGAAUACAGAGAGCAGGAGGACAGAGAUCCAGAAUACAGAGUGCAGGAGGAUCGAGAUCCAGAAUACAGAGUGCAGGAGGAUCAAGAUCCACAAUACAGAGAGCAGAAGAACAGAGAUCCAGAAUACAGAGUGCAGGAGAAUCGAGAUCCAGAAUACAGAGUUCAGAAGAACAGAGAUCCAGAAUACAGACUGUAGGAGGAUCGAGAUCCAGAAUACAGAGUUCAGAAGAACAGAGAUCCAGAAUACAGAGUGCAAGAGAACAGAGAUCCAGAAUACAGAAUGCAGGAGAACAGAGAUCCAGAAUACAGAGUGCAGGAGAACAGAGAUCCAGAAUACAGAGAAUGGGAACACCAAGAUCCAGAGUGAGGAGAGCAGGAGUACAGAGAACCAGAGUACAGAGAUCUGGAGUAGGGAGAUCUAGACUACAGAGAGCAGGAGUGCCGAGAUCCAGAAUACAGAGAACGGGAGCACUGAGUUCCAGAGUACAGAGAUCAGGAGUACUGAGAUCCGGAAUACCGAGAAUGAGAGUCCUGAGAGUAGGAGUAUCGGGACUGGGAGUCCUGAGAGCAGAUCUACAGGGAGUCGGAGUACAGAGAGCAGGAGCACAGAGAGCAGGAGCACCGAGACACAGGAUACAGAGAGCAGGAGCACCGAGACACAGACAAUGGAGAACAGGAGUACGGAGAUGGGGAGUACGGAGAUCGAGAGUAUGAAAAUCCUGAGUACAGACACUAGGAGUACAGAGUUCAGGCGUACAAAGGGCAGGAUUAUUGAGAUCCAGUGUAUGAGAGAUUGGGAGUACAGAGAUUGGGAGUCCAUGCUGUUCAACUUCAUUCUCAAUGAGUCUGAAUAAAUAAUAAAUGAAGGUCAUUUUCAAAGCAAGGGGCAUAGAACAAAGACAGGACUAACAGUCUUUAUUCAGCUAACACCCGGAGAUUUAAUUCACAGCACAGGCUUCAAUUUCUACAACUAAACUGGGUUUUAGGUACGUUCUAUUUUUCAUCCCUGUGUUUCUAAAUCCGAGUGGAACAGACAGAGAAACGGCAGAGAAUCAAAGAGGGUGUAUAGCGGGGAGAGGCACAGUGAGUGACUUGGAGGACAAAGCAUGAGUGUUCCAAAUCUGUUACCUAGGCACUGGGUACUUCUGUCCCACUGUCAAACGGUGGCUUUUCCUUUCUUCUUCCAUUUAAAUCAAGUCUGACUCCUUUAUACAUGGAUAGCGUUUGCUUUAGAAAUAAAAUGUGUUGAUGAGCCGAACAGGCUAAUAUUAUGAGAAAAU